CGCUUCUCAGAUAUCCAAACUUUGUCCUUCUCCAGACCUGCAGACGUCAUAUUCUCAAUCUCACACCCCCGUUAACCCUUACCUCCAGUCCACGAUGAGUGGCGAUUCCCAGAUUCCUAACCCCGCGCAUAUACAAGCCGACUCGAUGCUGGCACGACACUUUGGGCGAGAAACGGUGAACUAUUUCUCCAGUUCACCGUUAAACCGUCUAUCCUUUCUCCGAUCAGACCACACCUUCCUCUCCGCCGCUCUCAAGCACCCCUCCACCCGCUUCGUCCUGAUGAAGGACCUCGCGCCACUGACCAGAAACCCCACCGAGCCAUAUUUCGCCAAGUAUGAGGAAGUGCGCACGCUCGUGCCUGACACAAUAUACGACAAAUCCGAGGAGGAUUUCCUCAAGGAGUACGACUCGCGGAAGACGAUCGCCGCACCGAUCUUCCUCGGCCUCGACGAGUCCCAUAAGCAGGACGGUCUAGCCUGGAAGAUAUACACUGGGAUACCGUACUUUGCCCUAGACGUGACACCGAGUGGCUCGGACGAGCAACAAACCCACGCCAAAGCCCUAAUCAGCGAGGUGGAGGCCAAGGGGCUGAUCUUCUUACAGGGAAGGACGAUUCUGUCCUUCCCGGCCAACGAAGCCGCAAUAUACGCUCAAGCCCGCGCCCUAAUUGACUGGAACACCCGGAACCGCUUCUGCGGCACAUGCGGUCACCCAACGAUCUCCGUGAACUCAGGCACCAAACGCGCCUGCCCACCCUCGGACGCAGCACUCCUGGCCGCCGGCAAGCCCGCGGAACGACCAGCCUGCAACACAAGGACCACAAUCUCGAACCUCUCCUUCCCGCGCACCGAUCCCACAAUCAUCGUGGCUGUCGUCUCCACAGACGCCAAGCGGAUCCUCCUCGGCCGUUCCAAGCGCUUCCCCCCCAGCUUCUACUCCACGCUAGCCGGGUUCAUCGAGCCCGCGGAAUCCGUCGAAGACGCCGUCCGCAGAGAAGUCUGGGAGGAGGCGGGCGUCACGCUGUCGCGCGUCGUCAUCCACUCGUCCCAACCCUGGCCCUACCCGGCUAACUUGAUGAUAGGGGCUAUCGCCCAGGUCAGUGACCCGGCGCAUGAGACGAUCAACCUAGAACAUGAUCCCGAGUUGGAGGAUGCGAAGUGGUUUGAUAUUGCUGAGGUGGAGGAUGCGUUGAGGAUUGGCGUCGCGCCGUUGGGCGAGAAGCCCGGUCCGGAAUAUAAGGAGGGGGGCCUGAGGCUGCCGCCGCCGACGGCCAUUGCCAAUCAGCUUAUUAGAGCGGCUAUCAGUCUUGAUUUUUUGGAUGCGGAGAAGGCUGCGAAGAUGUAGAUGGAUAGAUAGAUGGAUGGUAUUGGUGUGCUAGAGGUUAUCUUGUUUCUUGGUACUUACUUACCCCGACCGACCCUUUUGCAUGGCUUGGAUUGCAUCCACACAUGGCAUCUUAUAGAUGUGUACAGCGUUUGAACAACGUGCUAUGAAGAAAAGAUGAUGUCCAAUACGAUCAUGAUAUAUACUCAGGCUGUCCAUCCAUAUACCUAUUCUAAAAUAGAUGCAUGCAUGCAUACAAAGAAUCCAG